AUGUUUGAGCCUGUGAUAUUCAGCACGCUCAUGGUCUACGGCGACGAGUUGGACGACUUUGCCAACUGCGUGGUCGGCGAGCCUGGUUCACCAAAACACGCUCGCCUCAACUACUUGAUGCACUUGCACUUCCACUGCCGGCUCCUGCCAUACCGCAUCGACGAGUUCAACAAGGAAGAACCCAGCAAUACCGUCCGGAUCGACAACCUCCGGUUCGAGGACCAAAUUAUGGGGCUGUUUGCGGUACUGGCAAAAUGGGACGGACCUGGAGAGAAUGCGAAGCUGCUUUUGGAGUUGAGUGCUGCCAGCUCGGGUGACACCUUUCAUAAGGUUUCAAAUUUUCGCUUGAACGAAUACUACCGCUAUGGAAGAGGAGAAGAGACUCAUCAUCGACCCAACUGCGACAUUCCAUUACUGCCACACAGUGGAGUGCCACAGGACGUCUCUGACAGUGUCGAUGAUCCUCUGCCCACCCGCCGCAUGGCAGGCAUCUCCAAGGAUGGGUUCGGUCGACUUGGGCGGGAGUGGCAGUGGCACGCCUUUCAUACAAAAGAUACGCCCUCGAUCCCCAUUGUGCGUGGCCUCACAGUCAGCCUCCGGUUUCACCGUGUCAUCAGCCACACGUUCUUGACGGCCAUGAUUCUCACGAAGCUGCCGAACCUCAAAGACAUUCGCAUCGAGCAGUGGAGAUGCCUCGAUUUGAAAGGGACCAUGGCCGGUAUCAGCCUGGAGGACUCGCCGAUGAUCAAGUCACUCCGGUCGCUUCGCAUUUACUACGAGCCGACCAUAUUGCGAGGACGGCCCGAGGACGACAUACUCACCGCUGAACAGGAGGUGCUCCGGGACAACCAUUUUCUAGACAAAUUUGUGCGGGCAACGCGGCAUCUCAAAGUCUUGGCCCUGACAAGACCCGUCACCGCGACGGAAAUGUUCUUGAUGGCAAAAUAUCAAUGCCCCAAGCAAUGCUGGGCGGAUCUCUACAAGGGGCCGUAUUUCUACCCAUCCCUAAUCAAGGUUGCCUUGUGGGAGCCGGGCCUCUCCGAGGAGCACAAAGACACCACCGUCGCCUUGAUGGCGGCUGGGCGCAUGGCAGUACAGAUGCCCCGGCUGCGGAUCAUGGAAUUGUGGAACAUGGAGGAACCAUACAUCUUCCGCUACGAAGCGACGCCCUGCACAUCCACCAUCACCAUGCUGGCGCCCUACAAUCCGAGACCGGCCAUCACCACAGCGUGCUUUGAUUUAUGGGAAGCCGCAGCAAAUAACCACUACCGAUCAAGAACGAGGAAACUGGAAAUCAAUGCUUGCGAGGUCGAUUCGCAAUUGGAUGCUGGCAACCGAGCGUGUGUGGUAUCCUUUUUGCGGCGCCUGAAGCUCUGCAACGAGAUCAUCGAUCCCAGGUCUCUCUGUCAGCUCGAAGUCCUCGAACGAAACGCAUUCAAUAUGCACGGGCUCGGCGAUCCUUUGGAACAGGCGGGGGAGGAUGACCAAGAGUCGAUGGAGACUAAUGAAGAACUGAGCGAUACAGCUGCCAACAUAGAAGGUGCUGCCGACUUGGCGGUGUCCGACGAUGCGGAUUCAUCGUAG